AUGAUCCGCACAGUGUAUGCUGUUGGUGGUCUGCUUCUUCUAGCUGGACUCCUGUUACCCACAGCAGAGGGGAGAAAGAAGAACCGUGGGUCUCAGGGAGCCAUCCCUCCUCCCGACAAAGAUCAGCCCAAUGAUUCAGAGCAGACACAGACAAAGCAGCAGCCAGGUUCAAGGCACAGAGACCGGGGAACUGGCACACCAAUGCCCGCCGAAGAGGUGCUGGAGUCUAGCCAGGAAGCAUUACACGUCACUGAACGCAAGUAUCUUAAGCGGGAUUGGUGUAAAACUCAGCCCCUCAAACAAACCAUCCAUGAAGAAGGCUGCAAUAGUCAUACUAUUAUCAACAGAUUCUGCUAUGGCCAGUGCAAUUCUUUCUACAUCCCAAGGCACGUCCGCAAAGAGGAAGGCUCUUUUCAGUCCUGUUCCUUCUGCAAACCUAAGAAGUUCACCACUAUGACAGUUACACUCAAUUGCCCUGAACUUCAGCCCCCUAGAAAGAAGAAGAGGAUCACACGAGUCAAGGAAUGUCGGUGUAUAUCCAUAGAUUUGGACUAG